AUGGAGCACAACCGGAGACAAAUGCUGAGGCUUUAUUUCACUGAUGAACUUCCCAAAACUGGCUGUGACCGUAUCUUCUGGGGCUGGAGUGGGGAAUUCUCAGUAACUCCUCCUUUACACAAACAGAUCAUAUUUAAGGCAAACCUUCGUCCCUCCUUCAGCACAACUCAGCUUUCCAUCAGUCUGAACAACUUCAACAGAAACACCAUGGCAGCCUCAAACGGUUUUCCUGCCAGUUUCUAUGGAGAACCAGGAGUGUUAGGAAUGUUAUCCAAUGGGAUCAGUGCAUUCCUUGUACUUCUACAGAACUUCAGCACAGCUCACACUGGCAUUAAACCAGUUGGAGUGGAGAACAUACUUGCAGGUGUUCAUCUCAUCCUGAUUGGUGGUUUGUGCCAGCUGGUGGCUGGACUGCUCUCCUUUAGAAAGUACGAUCACCUGAGUGGCACUGCCUUCAUCGGCUACGCUGCCCUUUGGGGUAGCUAUGGGGCGACCAGAAUCUACUAUGGUGCUUUAUUUAACAAUCAGACUAUACCAUCAGUGUCAGAGCACAUGUUCAAUGGUUCAACCACCAACAUGAUGGUCAACACUUCUCUUCAAAACUCAACACAGUGCCACUUAUGUGUGUCCAUAGAAGAGUCAGCCAUUGCUGGUCUGAUCCCUUAUAUCCUUCUGUCCUUUAUCCUGGCAUUUUGCUCUGCCACGGUCAACUACAUCAUGCCUUUUGUUUUUGGAGCCAUCACGGCCACUUUGAUCUUUGAAGCAGCAGCUCUGGUGACAGGCCCUUGGGCUCUGGUGGUCUCUGGGGUUAUGGAGCUGCUCAUUUUGAUCUUUGCCAUCUAUGGUUCAGCUGCUCUACUCAUCAAAGGGCUGACUCAACGUCUGGUUCUUAAAGGCUUUGGGACCCCCCUCUUUAAUGUUCUCCUGCUAGGAACCACCAACUCAACAGGUGCUCAGAAACCUGGUCAAGAGAAGAAGAAGAACACAAAAUAUGCAGAGCCCAUGGCCUUGGGAUUCUUCUGUGACUCUAUUGCUCCCUUCAUCGUUGCCUUCUACAGCUUUGGGUACAUGAAAUCGUUUGGUUUAGGAGUUGCAUGGGUAUCAAUCAUCUCAGUCGCCCAGCUGUUCUCCAGCUACUACGCUCAUUUGCGCCAGGAUAGCUACCACACUACAAAAUUUGGGAUUCAUGCCAUGUAUUGGCUGAUCAAGGCUUGGGAUGAGUUUGUGGCAUCUGCCCUGAUUGUGGAGCACAGUCAAGUUGUUGCUGGUAGGGAAGCCAUGGUGGGAGACUGGUUCUUUGUGGUGGCUGGCUUGGUGCUCUGUGUGGGAAGCCUGAACAUGGACACUCUGGAGCUGAUCCACAACUUGCUCUUUGUUCUGAUCACAGUCUCAACAAUCCCCCAGAUCCCCCUGCAGGGUUACUACAUCUUCUUUGGUGUAGCCUGCUCUCUCUUCACUGCAGUCUCAGUCUACGGUACCUUCUCACGCCUCAUAAACACCAUCGCAGAGAAGUCUCUAAUCCCUGUGGGACCACAGCCGGUCUCCUCCGAGCAGCUGAAGAGAGCUCUGAUGUGUAGAAGAUCUCAACAGGGAGAACAAAAAGAGCUGCCCAACAGUGACCAGGCCUCAGAUGCUCUGUUUUAUCUCACCAACGGGGUUUCAGCACUUUCAGCUCUUCAUUCAGAAGUGUCAAGUGGGAACCCUUCAUUCCUUCAUCUGACUGUCCCCUGGGUCCUCAUCUCUGGAGGCAUCAUUCAGACCUAUGUCAGCAGGCUACAAGUCACCGGAGAGGGCCGGUUUGGAUCAGUCAUCUCAUCCAUCUACGUGGUUGUAUGGGCAACUUGGACGUGGUUUCGAUUUGCAGGUUUUCAGCUUCAGCUCCCCGUCCUGGCAGCCUAUGGAUUCACAGCUGGAGGCGUUGCUUUACUGGUCAUUAAUGCCUUCCUCAUGCUGAUUGGUAAGGUCUAGUAUCUGCUUUCAGCGCUGGAAUUCACAGUUUUUAUUCAUUCAUAAUUUUGUACUUUUGUUUCUAAUUUUAGGUGCGUAUAGGAACGUGGUUCUGUUGUUUCUAACAACAAUCAUGGAGGUUGUUCUUGUCUGCUUCCUUCUCUCCACCCUGCACAGACUUCCAUACCAACUUGAAAGUGAGUUAAAACCGCCUGUUAUAAACUUUAUGUAUUUACCAUACUGACUCUCAUCAGAACAAAUAAAGUCUAACAUCCAGAAACGAUGUAUUGCAGUUGCCAUGCUUGCAUUGGUAUCCAUCAUUUGCUUUUAUGGCACCUUGGCUUCACUGAUGAACUGCAUCUUCUCACAAAGAGUGAUCCCAAUGGGUCCUCCCAUAAUAAAGGUAAUGACUGAAGUUUAGAUUGGCCUACCUUUAAGAAUCAGCAUGAAUAAUUAAUAAAAAUGUGUGUGUGUGUUGUUUUAGGAAAAAGUGAAACAGGAAGCUUGUGACGAGCCGUCCUGUCCGGUGGCUAGCUCGCGUCUCACCAGCGGUCUGUUGAAGAUAGCUCGACUUCUCGAGGACGGGGGUGUGUGUGGUAUUCCCACAGAUACUGUGUACGCUCUGGCUGCUUCCUGCAAGAAUCCUCAGGCGAUAGAAAAAAUCUACAACAUUAAAGUAAGAAGAUAGAGGAGGCUUGUUUAACAGCAAUAUACAUUUUCAUGAAGUCACCAUCUUGUUGAAUUGGACCUUUUGCAGGACAGACCUGCAGAGAAGCCUAUAUGCAUUUGCAUCUCCAGUGUGGAACAGCUGGUUGCAGCCAGGCCUCCUUUCAGCCCUCUGCUGUGGGAGUUCAUGAGGAAUGUGUAUCCUGGAGGCAUCAGCUGCAUUGUCAGCAAAGGAGACUGGCUUUACAGACUAGGUCAGCAGUGUAGAGUGUUUGAAUGUUGAGUGGCAGAAUUCUGUAUCAGUAUUCAGUUUUUACGUGAACUUUAACCUCAUUUCUGUAGGAGUUGGACCUGCUUCUGACCGUGUUGGUACCAGAGACAGCAUCAUGAUCCGUGUCCCAGACCACACCGUGACCUGCCACCUAUGUGACAUCACUGGACCCCUGGCCAUAACAUCAGCCAAUCCCAGUGGAGAAUCAGACAGCACCCACCACAGCAUGGUCAUUAAGUAAGAGUCUCCUCAAAGAAGUUUAAUGCAAACUAACAAACAACACAUCUCUAACACUUUUAGCACCAUACACUAAUUACUGUUUCAAACUGCUUCUUUUGCUGCAGUCGACUGGGACACAAGAUCCAAGGAGUACUUUGUGAUGGUGACUCGAAUGAAGUAGUUGCUUCAACUGUGGUCAACUGCCUGAGGAUUGAUGAAGGUAAGGGGCCAUGAUUUCUUCCUACUGGGGCUGUUUAAGGUCAAGUUUCUAACUGAAGCUCUUCUAACCUUCGUUCAGGAGUCAUCACCAUUGUGAGAGAAGGCUGUGUCCCUGCUAUCAAAGUCCAACAGAUCUUUGACAGACUGAAGAACUCCAUGAUUUGAGUGUCUCUUAGCGAAGACUGUCUACCUGGCUGAUCACCUUCAAGUCAACUUGUCUAACCCAAGCUGUGCUUUGCUUUUCAUACUGACAAACAGCAAAAGAGGGAAAAGAAAACUAAAGAUGUGUGUUUAUAUGGAUGUAACUUUUGUGUCUUAGUGGAUGCAUAGAUAGAUAGCUAAUUCAAAAGUCAUCUUAAACUGCAUGAAGUCCACAAUGUUUUGCAUUAUUUAUAUAUUUAUUGUUAUAUUUAUUUUCAAAAUAUAUCAACACAAACACUUUGAAUGUGUAAAUAAGUAUUUAUGUUUUUUUAAUUUAUAAUGUUUGAACUCAUUGUAAAACAGAAUGUCUUUGUGUGGUUUCUGCAUUGAAGCGCUCUCAUGCAUUAAUUUAUUUGUGCAAUAAAACAACUAAAGUUUAUUAAGGCUUGCAUCUUUAAAUAAUUACUAAAUGUUUUCUAGAUGAAUG